AUGUCUGACUUCCAUGUGCACCCCCAGAGUGCAGUCGUGGAGGAAGGAGGUGUUGCCCGCUUUCAGUGCCAGAUCCAUGGCUUGCCAGAGCCCAUGAUCAUAUGGCAGAAGAACCAUCUCCCUAUCAACACAGAUAAUGACAGUUCUGUCCUUGGCUCUCCUUCUGCUGUUUACAAAGACCCCAUGAUCCUUGUGGGGCCUGAGAACCUGACUCUGACGGUGCAUCAGACUGCCAUUUUGGAAUGCAUUGCAACUGGGAAUCCCAGGCCUAUCGUCUCGUGGAGUCGACUUGACGGGCGUCCAAUUGGUGUAGAAGGAAUUCAGGUUCUUGGAACUGGCAAUCUGAUGAUUUCAGACCUCACCGUCCAGCACUCUGGGAUAUACGUGUGUGCGGCCAAUAAGCCUGGCACAAGGGUGAGGAGAACCGCCCAAGGAAGACUCGUGGUGCAAGCUCCUGCAGAAUUUGUCCAGCACCCUCAGUCAAUCGCCAGGCCUGUGGGAACCUCUGCCAUUUUUACCUGCUUGGCUCAAGGAGAACCUUCCCCACAGAUCACAUGGUUGAAGAAUGGACAGAUUUUGGAGCCGAGCGGGCAUAUUAAAUUGAAGAACAACAAUAGCACGCUCACCAUCUCCAACAUUGGCCAGACCGAUGAGGCCAUCUACCAGUGCAUCGCUGAGAACAGCGCGGGCUCCACCCAAGCAAGCGCCCGCUUGACGGUGCUGUGGGCCGACCGACUUCCGGGUCCUCCACAAGAAGUCAAAGCGGCUUCCGUCUCGGCUACCACCGUCCAACUGCAGUGGAGCGAGCCGUUGCAAAACACCAAGGAGAUCAUCGGCUACGUCCUGCACAUUAGAAAAGCAGCAGACCCAGUGGAGAUGGAAUAUCAGGAGGCCGUCAGUAAAAGCACCUUCCAGCAGCUGGUGACAGAGCUGGAGCCUUCCACCAGCUACAGUUUCUACAUCAAAGCCUACACUUCCCGUGGGGCCAGCAAGGCCUCUGACAUUGUGGUGGUGAGCACCUUGGGAGAAGUACCGGCAGUGCCCUCCCUCUUCAUUAAAGUCCUCAACAGCACUGCUGUUCAAGCCACGUGGGAACCUUCCAUCAAACUGGGCCAACAUGAAGGGUUCAAACUCUUCUACCGCAAAGUCCAUCUUCCUCACUUCACGGGACCCAUCCUUCUGCCCAGCAAUGUUACCUCGUGCAACCUUACACAUCUUGAUCCAUCCGUUGUGUACGAAGUCAAACUGCUUGCUUACAACCAACAUGGUGAUGGGAACUCCACCGUCCGUUUCGUGUCCCUUCGAGAAACUGUUGAAAAAACAGACCUCAAUCCACCCUGCAACUGCAUGAAGGAUGAGUCAGCCAACAAGACCUCAGCUACUGGGAUCAUCAUUGGAAUCCACAUUGGGGUCACCUGUAUCAUCUUCUGUGUCCUUUUCCUCAUGUUUGGCUACAGGGGACGAGUUUUAUUGUGUCGAGAAUU